CCAUGUAGCCGGUUUUCCUUGCGCAGAUAAUACAGGCUUUACUGCCUCGGUUUGCCAAGUGAAAUGCAAGCCACCGCGAAUCUUUGGCGAAAUGAAUUUCACCAUGCUCAUAUUAUUGCGCCAGAAUCUGCUUGUAUGGUUCCUAUCACUUCAUGUAAAAUGCCAAUUAAUUAGUUAGCUGAGCAAAUAAACCUCGACUUCGAUUACUGCUCAGACCAGCUGUGUGAGUGAGGAGGAAAUGACCCAGCUGGGUGUCCGUCGCUGGACACCAAAACACGUUGCCAAGUGGCUGAAAGAAGAGGGGUUUUGUGACUAUGUGGAUCUGCUGUGCAACAAGCAUCGACUGGAUGGCACCAGUCUGCUCGCUCUCAGUGAGUAUGACCUCCGAUCACCGCCCCUGGAACUUAAGGUGCUGGGGGACAUCAAGAGGCUGAUGAUGUCCAUCCGCAAGCUUCAAAAACAAAACAUUGAUGUGCUAGAGGAGCUUGGUAUUCCCUUUGAUGGCCUGUCUCCUACGGGCUCUGGAGGCAGCUUGGACUGGCUGUGUAAUGGAGACCCUGGCAGAGACUGUGACAGCACUGACACAGCACCAGUGGGAGAGGAGUAUCACCAGUACACAAAUGGGAAGUACAAGCAGCAGAUGAGACGCCUCGAUCCCGAGUACUGGAAGACGGCGCUGAGCUCUAUCUAUGUGGUGUUUGUGUUCGGGUUCACGUCCUUUGUUAUGGUCAUAGUGCAUGAAAGGGUGCCGGACAUGCGCACAUACCCUCCACUGCCAGAUAUUUUCCUAGACAGUGUGCCUAGAAUCCCCUGGGCCUUUGCCAUGGCAGAGGCGUGUGGAGUCAUCCUCUGUAACAUCUGGUUGCUGGUCUUGCUGCUGCAUAGACACAGGUCCAUCCUUUUGCGGCGCAUGUGCAGCCUCAUGGGGACGGUGUUCAUGCUGCGCUGCAUCACCAUGUUCGUCACCUCCCUGUCCGUGCCCGGGCAGCACCUGCAGUGCUCCGGGAAGAUGUACGGGGACAUGUGGGCCAAACUGCAACGGGCCGUUGCCAUCUGGAGUGGUUUUGGGAUGACUCUGACCGGAGUUCAUACGUGCGGUGACUACAUGUUCAGCGGCCACACCGUCGUCCUCACCAUGCUGAACUUCUUUGUCACAGAGUACACUCCAAGAAGCUGGAACUUCAUUCACACCUUGUCCUGGGUCCUCAAUCUCUUCGGCAUUUUCUUCAUCCUGGCUGCCCAUGAACACUACUCCAUUGAUGUGUUUAUAGCCUUCUACAUCACUACCAGACUCUUCCUGUACUACCACACUCUUGCCAACACCAGGGCCUACCAGCAGAGUCGGCGAGCCCGUAUCUGGUUCCCCAUGUUCUCUUUCUUUGAGUGCAACGUCAACGGGCCGGUCCCUAAUGAGUACUGCUGGCCCUUCUGUAGACCUGCUGUGAUGAGGAGGCUGAUUGGUUGAUUGUCCAGCGACAGAACUGACAGACAGCUGUUUAACUGCUACUUUGUCCACUUUUUGAAGUUGCCAACUGUGGAGGUGUGUGGCCUCAACACCAACACAACUGAUGUGUUUCUGUGAGCUAGAGGCCUGGUGGGAUCCACAGAUCCACCACCUCUUUUAUGUUAGAACUUAACUGCUAACCUACGUUUUCUAUUAGGAGAUUCAAGAAAAGUGACAUUUUUCCAGAAGCCCUCAUCAUCGUUUUGUAUCUGAUUGGACACCGUGGACAUGUCAUGCUUCAUUCUGCUUUAUCAAUAACUCGUCACCUAAUUAACGUAAGUUAGGACAUGUUUGGAUAGCUUGAUAGGAGUAAACGUGUUAUCUUAAUAGUAACAAUAAUUUUUUGUGCAAAGGAAAAUACCUGACAAUUUCACGCUUUUGAUCUGGUUUAAUCUGGUUUUAUUGUAUAUCUAACUCCAUCAUUUCUGCUCCUUGGACCAUUGUUAAAGCAAUAUGUAUAGAUUUACAUUGCACAGUACAGUAAAUGUAUUUUUUGUGAUGUUUAAAAAAGCAUUCCUUGAUCAUAUUGACAUUUUCAAUGAUGAUUAGAUUUAGAUAAAGACACUAUCUUUAUCAGCCAAAUACUAAUGAUGAAAGAUACUUUUUAUGUCCACCUGUCUUAAAUGUCAUUCUAUUUGCCAAUUACAUGGUGUUUGUAUGAUAGAUUUCUCUGUAUGAAAAUAGUUUGGGAUAUUGAUAUGCCUGCUCUUGGAUAUGUUUGUCAUUGUUAGGUUCAAGAGAUCACCCUGCUUUGUAAAUAAUCAUACUGAGACCAAGUUAGACCCUUCCCCAAAAAGCAAUGUUUUGACUUUAACCUGUACUGAGCAGAUCCUUACAUUUUUAUGUAUGUGUUUUUAUUAAUUUAUUUUGUUUUUAUAAAAGUCAAUGAGUAUUUUUAUAUUCCCCUAUACAGAGUGAUGGCAACAUGCACAUGGAGAAAUAUGUUUACAGUUGCUUUAAACUAUGUAUUUGGAAUGCUAUUUAUGUGUAAUGUUGAUUUUAAAAUGUGCUCUACUUUUGACUGAUCUAAACUUGCCACAGGAGAAAAGGCCAGUGUCCUAUUUGUUUCAUCAUGAAAGAAACAAGAUUUUUCUUUCAUUGGGAAAUAAUUGUGUGCCCAAAUCCACAUUGCUUGAUCAUUUGCUGUCAUUUCCAUCAUUAAAGAGCCAGAAAAACACUAUGUAUUUGUUUUCCAACAUGCUUCACAACCUAAAUGGGACAAACAGUGCAUUACAACUUGAUGUAGAUCAUUCUCUAAAUUCUUCAGGCAAAUAGUUGCUGUUUAUUUUUACAGAAG